CACAGCAGGCCUUCCGGCCUGGGGCCUGCCCGCCAGCCGGCCGUGCUCCGCCGCCGCAUCCAGAGCCAGCUGUCUGUCGGCGUCGGGGACCAGAGACCUGUUUGGCCCGACAUCCAUCUAUACAUCUCCAGGGUCUGGCGAGGCGCAGGGGCGCGCAGCCUGCGCGGGGCGGCGGCGGCGAUGCCGGACCCCGCGGCGCACCUGCCCUUCUUCUACGGCAGCAUCUCGCGCGCCGAGGCCGAGGAGCACCUGAAGCUGGCGGGCAUGGCCGACGGGCUCUUCCUGCUGCGCCAGUGCCUGCGCUCGCUGGGUGGCUACGUGCUCUCGCUGGUGCACAACGUGCGCUUCCACCACUUCCCCAUCGAGCGCCAGCUCAACGGCACCUACGCCAUCGCGGGCGGGAAGGCGCACUGCGGCCCCGCCGAGCUCUGCGAGUUCUACUCGCGCGACCCCGACGGGCUGCCCUGCAAUCUGCGCAAGCCGUGCAACCGGCCGUCUGGGCUCGAGCCGCAGCCCGGGGUCUUUGACUCUCUGCGCGAUGCCAUGGUGCGCGACUACGUGCGCCAGACGUGGAAGUUGGAGGGCGAGGCCCUGGAGCAAGCCAUCAUCAGUCAGGCGCCCCAGGUGGAGAAGCUCAUUGCCACGACGGCUCACGAGCGGAUGCCCUGGUACCACAACAGUCUGUCGCGCGAGGAGGCCGAGCGCAAACUCUAUGCAGGCUCGCAGACCGACGGCAAGUUCCUGUAUGUGGGGCUGAGGCCCCGGAAGGAGCAGGGCACGUAUGCACUGUCCCUGAUCUAUGGGAAAACCGUGUACCACUACCUCAUCAGCCAGGACAAGGCGGGCAAAUACUGCAUUCCUGAGGGGACCAAAUUUGACACGCUGUGGCAGCUGGUGGAGUACCUGAAGCUGAAGGCUGACGGGCUCAUCUACUGCCUGAAGGAGGCCUGCCCCAACAACAACGCCAGCGCGGGUGCAGGGGCCGCUGCUCCCACACUCCCAGCCCACCCAUCCACGUUCACCCACCCUCAGAAACGGAUUGACACCCUCAACUCAGAUGGAUACACCCCUGAACCAGCACGCCUAGCGUCCCCAGAGAAAGUGCGGCCGAUGCCUAUGGACACAAGCGUGUAUGAGAGCCCCUACAGUGACCCCGAGGAGCUCAAGGACAAGAAGCUCUUCUUGAAGCGCGAGAACCUCCUCAUAGCUGACAUCGAACUUGGCUGUGGCAACUUUGGCUCAGUGCGCCAGGGCGUCUACCGCAUGCGCAAGAAGCAGAUCGACGUGGCCAUCAAGGUGUUGAAACACAACACAGAGAAGGCGGACAAGGACGAGAUGAUGCGCGAGGCACAGAUCAUGCACCAGCUGGACAACCCUUACAUCGUGCGCCUCAUCGGCGUCUGCCAGGCCGAGGCCCUCAUGCUCAUCAUGGAGAUGGCGGGUGGCGGGCCCCUGCACAAGUUCCUGCUGGGAAAGAAGGAGGAGAUCCCCGUCAGCAAUGUGGCGGAGCUGCUGCACCAGGUGUCCAUGGGGAUGAAGUACCUGGAAGAGAAGAACUUUGUGCACCGCGACCUGGCGGCCCGCAACGUCCUGCUGGUCAACCGGCACUAUGCCAAGAUCAGCGACUUUGGUCUCUCCAAGGCUCUGGGUGCCGACGACAGCUACUACACCGCCCGCUCGGCAGGGAAGUGGCCGCUCAAGUGGUAUGCGCCCGAGUGCAUCAACUUCCGCAAGUUCUCCAGCCGCAGUGACGUCUGGAGCUACGGGGUCACCAUGUGGGAGGCCUUCUCCUACGGCCAGAAGCCCUACAAGAAGAUGAAGGGCCCCGAGGUCAUGGCCUUCAUCGAGCAGGGCAAGCGGAUGGAGUGCCCGCCAGAGUGUCCGCCCGAAAUGUACACGCUCAUGAGCGACUGCUGGAUCUACAAGUGGGAGGACCGCCCAGACUUUGUGACCGUGGAACAGCGCAUGCGGGCUUACUACUACAGCUUGGCGAGCAAGGUCGAGGGAUCCUCCGGGGGCGAAAAGGGGGCCGAGGUCACGUGUCCCUGAGCCCCAGUCUGCCCAGGGCCUGCAGGCCCCCACGCCCCAGCUUUUUCUCUGUGCCCUCAGCCCCGCCCCAGGACCGCCAGUCUGGCUGGGGCCAGCUCAGUCCUUUCCCCCACUGGCUGGACUGUGGUGAGGGGGGCAGCCGAGGCCUCUGGGCCACACUGGUCCAGCGUUCCCCAGCUGGUCACCUGUCCUCUCUGGCUGGGGCAGGCAGGAAGACCUUGGGAGGGUGGGGUUGUAUAGCCUGGUCCUGGGCUUGUAUCUACCUGGGGGGCCUGGAACUGAGGGGGCAUUGCUUGCCACAAGGAACCUCCUUCCUCUGGGCCCUGAAGGGGAAGACUCUGGGAGUCCUCAGGUGGCAAGGCCUCAGUCAUUGGAAUAAACUCAGCUUCUCUCUUGUUUGA